CCCGCCCCCGGCCCCGCCCCCGGUGCCGCAGUGCCGUGCUGCAGGGGCGCGGUGCAUUGCGCCCGCGCCGUCAAUAGGUGGACCCCCUCCCUCCCGGAGAGAUAAAACCGCCGGCGCCGGCGCGGCCAGUCCCUCUGGCUGGUACCUCGGCUCCGGAGCACUCCAGGUCGUGCCAGCCCCCCCCCGGCAGAAUGGGCAAAGAGAAGACCCAUAUCAACAUCGUGGUCAUCGGGCACGUGGACUCGGGCAAGUCCACCACCACAGGCCACCUCAUCUACAAAUGCGGGGGCAUCGACAGGAGAACCAUUGAGAAGUUCGAGAAGGAGGCGGCUGAGAUGGGGAAGGGCUCCUUCAAGUACGCCUGGGUGCUGGACAAGCUGAAGGCCGAGCGGGAGCGCGGCAUCACCAUCGACAUCUCGCUGUGGAAGUUCGAGACCACCAAGUACUACAUCACCAUCAUCGAUGCCCCCGGCCACCGCGACUUCAUCAAGAACAUGAUCACCGGCACGUCGCAGGCGGACUGCGCGGUGCUGAUCGUGGCCGCGGGUGUGGGCGAGUUCGAGGCGGGCAUCUCCAAGAACGGGCAAACCCGGGAGCACGCGCUGCUGGCCUACACGCUGGGCGUGAAGCAGCUCAUCGUGGGCGUCAACAAGAUGGACUCCACCGAGCCGCCCUACAGCGAGAAGCGCUACGACGAGAUCGUCAAGGAGGUCAGCGCCUACAUCAAGAAGAUCGGCUACAACCCGGCCACCGUGCCCUUCGUGCCCAUCUCCGGCUGGCACGGUGACAACAUGCUGGAGCCCUCGCCCAACAUGCCGUGGUUCAAGGGCUGGAAAGUGGAACGCAAGGAAGGGAAUGCCAGUGGCGUGUCCCUGCUCGAGGCCCUGGACACCAUCUUGCCCCCCACACGUCCCACCGACAAGCCCCUGCGCCUGCCACUGCAGGACGUGUACAAGAUUGGUGGCAUCGGCACGGUGCCGGUGGGCCGCGUGGAGACGGGCAUCCUGCGGCCGAGCAUGGUGGUGACAUUCGCGCCCGUGAACAUCACGACGGAGGUGAAGUCAGUGGAGAUGCACCACGAGGCCCUAAGCGAGGCCCUGCCCGGUGACAACGUCGGCUUCAACGUGAAGAAUGUGUCCGUCAAGGACAUCCGCCGGGGCAACGUGUGCGGGGACAGCAAGUCCGACCCGCCGCAGGAGGCCGCCCAGUUCACCUCCCAGGUCAUCAUCCUGAACCACCCUGGGCAGAUCAGCGCCGGCUACUCGCCGGUCAUCGACUGCCACACGGCACAUAUCGCUUGCAAGUUUGCCGAGCUGAAGGAGAAGAUCGACCGGCGAUCUGGCAAGAAGCUGGAGGACAACCCCAAGUCCCUGAAGUCAGGUGACGCAGCUAUUGUGGAAAUGGUUCCAGGAAAGCCCAUGUGUGUGGAGAGCUUCUCCCAGUACCCACCUCUCGGCCGCUUCGCCGUGCGCGACAUGCGGCAGACGGUGGCCGUGGGUGUCAUCAAGAACGUGGAGAAGAAGAGCGGCGGGGCCGGCAAGGUCACCAAGUCGGCGCAGAAGGCGCAGAAGGCGGGCAAGUGAAGCGCGGGCGCCCGCGGCGCGGCCCCUCCCGGCGGCGCCGCGCCCCGCCCCCGGCCCCCCGCCCCGCCCCGCCCCCCGCGCGGCCCCGCCCCCCGCGCGCAUGCCUGCACCUCCGCAUGCCAGAGGCUCUCGGUCCGCGACUGGAUGCUCGCCAUCAAGGUCCAGUGGAAGUUCUUCAAGAGGAAAAGCGUCCCCCGCCGUCCCCAGGCUUCCGCGCCCCCGUCCGUGGCGCCCCGAGUCCGUUUUACCAAUAAACUGCGCGGCCCCCAGCUCGCCUGAGCCUGCGUGUCCGUGGGGAGGGGGACGCCCCGCGGGGAGGGGGCUCUCCUUAGAACCCGCCGGUGCCACCCCUUCCCCCCCAGCGUGUGCAGGUGUCCCGCCCAGUAUCCUGCGCCCCUGCCAGGUGACCAGGACAAGUGUCCUUCUGCCCACAGAGGCGGGGUGGUGGACAGCCCGCAAGUGUCCCUGCCCCCACUGGAGGCUUGGGCUGCCUGGGGUGGUUUUGGAGCAGCCCCAUGGGGUAUGCAGAGCAAGGAAGGAGGGCACCGAAUGUUUUGGGGUCCAGGGGCCCUGGGGCGCUUCUUGGCCCAGGUCCCAGACCCCCAUGUCUCCGGCAGCCCAGCUCCCCUGCGGCUGGAGGCCAAGCCUGGUCCAUGUCCUGCCCCAGGGAGUGCCAAGCAAGGUGUGCAGGGGCGCUGGCCCCAGAAGCUGGGGGGCCAGCAUUGUCCGUCAGUGGGGCUGGGGCCUCAGGGCUUCUCUGCGGUCCCGACAUGUCUGGGCCAGGAUUCCAUCCUGGGACACGUCUCCACGAGGGACUGUCCACCCACCCCUUUCCCCGGCCCAGAGCCAGGCAGGCCCUGCUCCGUGCCCUUGUUGCUUGGUGGUGUCCUGUGGCUGCCGAGACGAAGCACCACGGACAGGGUGGCUUGAAGCCAAGCAAGCACGUUCGCCCUGUCCUGGAGGCUGGAAGUGUGAGGUCCAUCUCCCUGGGCUGGGGUCGGGUGGGGGGAGGGCUGCGCUCUCCCCGCAGGCUGCCGAAGCUCCCGCCUCCUUCAGCCUCUGGUGGCCACCAUCUCGUUGCACUGUAGCCGUGUCGCCCCCAUAUCUGCCUGUUUCCCACGGCCUCUCCCCCACCGCCUCCCUCAGAGAAAGACCCCUGGGUGGCAUUUUGGCCCACACAGAUGGCCCAGGGCAGUCUCUCCAUCACAAGAGCUUUGGCCGAAUCACAACUGCAAAGUUCUUUUUGCAACAUGAGGUCACAGGUUCCAGGGCUGUGGACCUGCUGUUUUGGGGCUGAUAUUCCGGUGAGGAUGGAACGGAAGCAGCCGGCUGGGAGAGAGGCCCCGUGGCCCACUGCCAGCUCGGAGAGCUGCUGGCGCCUUCCCCCAAACCCCAGAGUGUGGUGGGCCUUGGAACGCACAUGAAGGGUGCAUCGGCCGCGAGGAGGCGGCUGGUGUCUGGGGGCUCACCUCCCUGGGGGUAUGCGGAAGGCUGGGUGGGUUUCCAAGGCAGGGUGGCCGGAUUUAGCCAAUAAAAGUACAGAUUGUCCAGAUAAAUUUAAAUUUCAAAUAAACAAGAAAUAACUUCG